UUUGAUUGCGUUUCGGAACAGCCUCAACACGAAUUACCUACCAUUUGCCCUGCAGAGGCGAUCGACUGUGGUUGCCAGCGCCGCUGCAACAGGAUCAGCCUCCUCCUCGUCCACGCCCGGCCAGCAGUUGGACCUAAAUUCAACCAACAACAACAGCAGCAGCAACAAUAGCAGCAGCCUAGACAACAUCUCGCGGAUACAAGCAUCCUGGCCAGACAGGAGCCAGCAGCAGCAGCAGCAGCAACAACAGCAGAAUCAGCAAAAGCGUUUGGCCACUGACGGCAGCAUGUCGAUGAGCGUCACCUUUGGCACCCCCAACACACCCAACAUGAGCAUGGAUCUGGCGGCACGUUCCACACUAGUGAAGGAGGGCUGGCUGAUGAAGCGAGGGGAGCACAUAAAGACCUGGCGUCAGCGCUACUUUGUGCUCCGCUCCGACGGUAGUCUGAUGGGAUAUCGCAGCAAGCCGGCGGACAGCGCCAGCACACAGACGUCGGAGCAGCUACUGAACAACUUUACAGUGCGCGGGUGUCAGAUCAUGAGCGUGGACAGACCCAAACCCUUCACAUUCAUCAUCCGCGGCCUGCAAUGGACAACGGUGAUUGAGCGCACCUUUGCCGUCGAUACAGAAAUGGAGCGCCAGCAGUGGACCGAGGCCAUACGCAACGUGUCCAGUCGGCUGAGCGAAAUGGGAGAAAUGGCCAUGUCGCCGUCAGUGCAGACUGACAUGGCUGACGUGGACAUGGCAGGCAUUGCCGAGGUGGAACUCUCCGAGCAGUUCUCGGUGCAGGGCACCACCUGCAACAGCAGCGGAGUCAAGAAAGUGACUUUGGAGAACUUUGAGUUCCUCAAGGUGCUCGGCAAGGGCACCUUCGGCAAGGUUAUCCUGUGCCGUGAGAAGGCCACUGCCAAGCUGUAUGCGAUCAAGAUUCUCAAGAAGGAGGUCAUCAUCCAGAAGGAUGAGGUGGCGCACACACUCACCGAGAGUCGUGUGCUCAAGUCCACCAAUCAUCCAUUUCUUAUUUCUCUUAAAUAUUCAUUUCAAACCAACGAUCGCCUGUGCUUCGUCAUGCAGUACGUGAACGGCGGGGAGCUCUUCUGGCAUUUGAGCCACGAGCGCAUCUUCACCGAGGACCGCACACGCUUCUAUGGAGCCGAGAUCAUCUCGGCCCUGGGCUAUCUCCACUCGCAGGGCAUCAUUUAUCGCGACUUGAAGCUGGAGAAUCUUUUGCUGGACAAAGAUGGCCACAUCAAGGUCGCCGAUUUUGGCCUGUGCAAGGAGGACAUCACCUAUGGCCGCACAACGAAAACGUUUUGCGGCACACCGGAAUAUUUGGCCCCGGAAGUAUUAGACGAUACUGAUUAUGGACAGGCGGUGGAUUGGUGGGGCACAGGCGUCGUCAUGUAUGAGAUGAUUUGCGGACGCCUACCGUUUUACAAUCGCGAUCAUGAUGUGCUCUUUACAUUGAUAUUGGCGGAAGAGGUGAAAUUCCCGCGUAAUAUAACCGAUGAGGCGAAAAACCUGCUGUCUGGACUGCUGGCCAAGGAUCCCAAGAAGCGAUUGGGUGGCGGCCAGGAUGAUGUCAAGGCAAUACAAGAUCAUCCCUUUUUUGCGAGUAUUAAUUGGACAGAUCUGGUGCUAAAGAAGAUACCGCCGCCUUUUAAGCCUCAGGUUACAUCCGAUACGGAUACGCGUUACUUUGACAAGGAGUUUACUGGAGAGAGCGUGGAGUUGACGCCGCCGGAUCCCACGGGACCGCUGGGCUCCAUAGCCGAAGAGCCGCUAUUUCCGCAGUUCAGUUACCAGGGAGAUAUGGCUUCCACAUUGGGCACCUCGUCGCACAUUAGUACUUCCACAAGUCUCGCAUCGAUGCAAUAGAACAACAGCAGCAACAAGAAGAGUUAAGCAACAACGUAACGUAGCGUAAUGUAACGUAACGUAAAGUGCAUGCACACCCACACCCCACACAUCAUGUUCUGCUUUCAUCACCUCUAUAAACUAUAUACCUAUACCUACUAUAGCAUAUAGCAUAUAGCAUUGGGAAAAAUGAAAUGAAAACAAAACAAGAAAAUAUUAAAUAAUAAUAAUAAUAACUAUGUAAUUACACAGAAGAAAAAGUCAAAAAGGCAAAAGGUUUUUCUUGCAACACAAACUAAAAUAAUAAGGGAAUUCAAUUAUUGUAUUGAUAGUAGCUUAUUUUUGCAUUCAUAAUAUGAAAAGGGAAGGCAAAGGCAAAGGCAAAGGAAGGAAGCAAUCGAAGCAACAGAUCGCAGACCGUCGAAGCAGAGGAAAUAAUUUACCACAUAUGAUUACACAUAUACAUACAUAUAUCUAUAUACAUACUUAUACAUACAUCUAAUAAUUCAACACUGGGGGGACCGCCAUCACCCUCCCAGAGUGCUGGGCGGUCGGGGGUCUGGAGUGAUUAGUUAAUUAGUUACGACAACAACAAGCAAAAGAAGAGGAAAACCAUCUGAACAGCAGACACAAACUUACACACUUAUAGGAUAUAGCGAACAUUUAACUGAACAGCAACAAAAAAUCGAAAUACACACACACACACACACACUCUACAUACAUACACACACACACUCGUAUCUAUACAUUAUUUAUACUCCAAAGAAGCAAGAAACCACACAAUAAUUACGAGUUAAAUAUAACGUUAAAAAUUGCCUCUAAAGUGCUGUGCUUCAUGCAAAACAAAAAACUCUCCACAACAGAACAGAGAACAGAACAGCAAGGAUAACUGGAUACAAAUCAAUUCAAUGGAUAAGUUGCAGUUUGCGGCAACAAUUACCACACUUGACGCCAUUUUUUAUUCUAAUUUUUUACCACAACAAAAUAUAUUUGUACAUAUUUAUAAAAAAAAAAGCGUAAGAAAGAACCCCUUACAAAAAUUACGAAAAGUGUCGCGUGGAAAAUGGUUUAACCUUUGACACCCCCAAACAAAAAUAUAUACUUGUAUAAUU